AUGUCGAUGCUCUCCCCAGAUUCCUGGAGAGGCACCUUGCUCAGCCUGCUCCUCUCCUACCUCCUCCCACAUGUCGCUCUCGCCCAAUUCCCGAGCCCGCAUGGCGCCAACCUCACUCGCAUCGUCUCGCCCUUGAACUCCAAUAUCACAGUCACGUUCAAGGAGCCCAAAGGCGCAUGUAAGACCGCCUUCGACAGCCAGAAGCAGUACACAGGCUGGGUCAACGUCCCGGGCAGAUAUGACACCAAUUUGUUCUUCUGGUUCGUCGCCGCCCGACAGCCUACGUCACUCCUCACCAUCUGGCUCAAUGGCGGCCCCGGGUCGAGUUCAAUGGUUGGCCUGUUCACCGAGACUGGGCCUUGCGAGGUGGUAGAGCUGGGCAAGGACCGGCUGGGGACUGCGGCGAGGGAAUGGGGCUGGGACCGCGCUUCCAACAUGCUCUUCAUCGAUCAGCCCAACCAAGUCGGCUUUUCGUACGACGUGUCCACAAACGGGACCCUCAACCUGCUCAGCCAGGAGAUUUCCAUCCCGCCCAAGUCGACCGCAGACUACUCGCCCCUGGUACUCAACGGCACGUUUAGCUCACAAAAUGUGAGCUCGACAGCAAACACCACAGAGCUUGCUGCAAAGGCCAUAUACCACAUGAUGCAGGGCUUCCUGACGACAUUUCCGCAGUACAACCCCCCUAAUAGCUCAACUCUCGGGGUGAAUCUCUUUGCCGAGAGCUAUGGUGGAAAGUAUGGGCCGAUCUUUGCGGAUGUCUGGGAGUCUGAGAAUCUGAAGAGAUCCAACGGUUCGGCCUUCGCAAGAUCGACCGUAGAUAUUCACCUGACCUCGCUUGGCAUCGUCAAUGGGUGCGUUGACGACCUCAUCCAGGGACCGUCCUAUGCGUCCAUGAUGAUCAACAACACAUACGGGGCCCGCCUCGUCCAGCCGCUCCAGGCGAAACUCGCCAACGCGAGCUUCUAUCAGCCCGACGGCUGUUCAGACCUCAUACACCAAUGCCGCGAUACCGCAGCCGUCCACGACCCCAACAACCAGGGCGACGUGGAGAGCGUCAACAGCAUCUGCGCGCGCGCGCAAAAGACGUGCACCGCCCAGCUGCUCGACCCCUACGGCAACUCGGGCAAGAGCUACUACGACAUCGCCGCCAACGUGCCCGACUCGUUCCCGCGCGGCUUCUACGCAGAGUACCUCAACACGGCCGGCGUGCAGCUCGCCAUCGGCGCCCCGAUCAACUACACCGACACGAGCGACGAGGUCAACACGGCCUUCGCCCAGACGGGCGACUACGAGCGCUACCCGACGCUCGUGCCCAAGAUUGCGCGCCUGCUGCGCUCGGGCGUCCGCGUCGGCCUCAUGUACGGCGACCGCGACUUCAUCUGCAACUGGAUCGGCGGCGAGGCCGUCUCCUUUGCCAUCGCCGACGCCGCCGGCGCGCCCUACAGCUCGGCCUUCAACGCCGCCGGGUACGCCCCCAUCAUCGUCAACGACAGCUACAUCGGCGGCGCCGUCCGCCAGUUCGGCAACCUCUCCUUCAGCCGCGUCUACCAGGCCGGCCACCUCGUGCCCGCCUACCAGCCCGAGACGGCCUUCCAGAUCUUUGCCCGCAUCGUCAUGGGCACCAGCGUCUCGACCGGCGACCGCAUCAGCCUCGACGCGUACAACACGACCGGCUCCGCCAACGCCACGAGCAGCUUCAAGCUGCCCGACAGCCCGUCCCCGACGUGCUACGUCCGCCAGCUGGCUACCGCCUGCGCCGCCAACCAGGUCAGCAGCCUGCGCGCCGGCCAGGGCACCAUCAUCAACGGCGUGUGGUACGCGGCGUCGAGCGACUGGCCGGGCGCGACCUCGACCAGCACGGCCGGCUCGCCUUCAACGACAGCAUCGACCCCAACACUGACCGGACUAUUCACGGCGACGUCCACGCCCAAAAAUGGCGCGGGGACCUCGAGGCUGGAGAUGAAAAGUCUUAUCCUCGCCUGCGUAAUCGCAUUGGGACUGGAAUUCGCACGCUACUUUUAG